AUGGGGCAUGACAACAAUACCAGAGAAAUUGUUGGUGACUUGACGAAGGCAGAACUGGUCGCUGUGGUUCCUGGAAAUAUGUUUAGGACAAAUAUUCAAAAGCAGGCAUGGUCGCAGGUGAUGGAUACUGUGUGCAAAUUGCCUGACCACAUUUUGGAUAUGAUACAUCAAGCUGCAGAGAGGAAAGAUGAGGAACACGAGAAGGAGCGCAAGAAAAAAGCUGAGAGGAAAAGGAUUGCUAGCAGACUUCAACGUGAAGCACAGAAGAGUGUUGAUGAAGUUGAUUUUGAACAAUAUGAUCAUGAUGCUCAUGUCGAUGAGCAUGAUUAUUCAAAGUAUCUUGGAUUACCUUCAGAACAGGAGAUAAAAAAGUGUUUCCAAGCAUACAUAUCGGGGACUUCAAAUGGAGCUCUUGCAAUGUUGAUUUGCAUUGUUUGCACUUGGGAAUUGAUGAAGUCUGAAGGCGACAUGCAUCAUCUGUGUAGGAUACCGAAUAUCAGGCAGUGGCUUUCUGUAUCAAUGGACAUGGUACCUGCUGCAGCAAUGUUAUGGGAAGGGUUGUUGUUACUCGAAGGACAUGUUAAAGGAGAGGCACCUGACACAACAGGCUGGAUUUGUUCUGAAUGUUGUCGAUCACUGGAAGCUGAUACGAUGCCCAAAUUUGCACUCGCAAAUAACAUGUGGAUUGGCCCAAUUCCACAUGAACUCGUAGUUCUCACCCUCCCCAAGGAACUGUUACUUUCACGACACUUUCCUCGAUGUUACAUCUUCAAAUUAUAUCCAAAGGACAGUCGACACAUAAAUCCUAGUCAUUUGCAGCAGGGGAUGGCUGGAAAUGUCACUUUGUAUGACAUGAACACCAAUGAUGUUAUGAAGAUGGUUGAAGGUCAAUUCUUACCACAACCAGUUGCUUCUCUGGCGUCUGUGCUUGCAAUAACAUAUGUUGGGACUAGAAAUUUGCCCAAGGACUGGCUAAAAUCAACAUUUCGUGUUUGA